AUGGCUCCCAGAGUCUGUCAAAAACACAAGGGAUCUAACAAAUCAUGUAGAGACAACAACACUGAUAAUAUUGAUAAAGAAGCUGCAGCUGAAACCUCUCAAGGUGCAUGUCCACUCACCAGCAAAGAAACCAAUGCCAUGCUCAUUACUGCUGUCAACUGCAACCCUUGGGGCAAGGAACAUGGAAACAUUGGCAACACUUGGGAUGAAGUGGCCAAUGUGGUAGGCAAUUCAAUGUCUGUUACUUGGAAAUUCACAACAGCAGUUAUAAAGAAGAAAGUCAACAAGUGUAUUGAUUUGCACAAAGGGCAUAAACCACAAACACAGUUUUCAAACAGUGAAACUGGUAUUUAUCACUCUCAGAUUGAUCUCAUUUGUGGGCUGAAGGAGACUGCUGAAAGGAAGAAGGAGCAGGGAGUGGUAGAGAAAUCCAAUCAAGCUGCUUGCAUUGGCAACCCCUCCUCACCUCCUGCAUCACUGCCAAUUGACCCUGAUGUGGGACUAGAUCACACUACUUGUAGUAACAAGACAACCCCCUCCUCUCCCAGAUGCUCCCAACAGCUUGACCUAGUUAUUGAAGCACUUGAAAAUGUAACCAAAGCAGAGAAUACACAACAUGGGAUCCUAAUUGCAGCAAAUGAAAACAACUCAGAGUGUUUUAUGGAGCUGGCGCAGGGUAUGCAGGUGGUUGCUCAAGCCCAGGUAGAGUCAAACCAGCUAACCCAGGAACUAACUUCUCAAAACUGGCCAGCUGCCACAACCUCCAAGCAUGCUUGUGAUAGUGCAACUAUACCAGAGGAAGCCCCUUGA